AUGGGCAUCCAUGCUGUUAGCGUCAUGCUAGAGGCUCUCAAUAGAGAUGCCCAACAUGCUACUAUCGCCAAGUUCAUUCAAAAUGAACUUGACGCAGAACGCGAGAAAGUAGCCUUGCUUCACCAACAAGGUUCUCAACAAGCAGAGUUGUUGAGAGAACAGGGUGCUCAACAGUUUGAACUGUUGAGACAGCAGCAGGCUGCUGCUGGCGGGUCGAUGCACUCGCGUCGACCCGAGACUUUGAAGAUUGACAUCUCCAAGUAUAGGGGGGUCGAAGAGGACUCCCUCUUGAGAUGGUUCGUCGAAUUGGAUGACGCCAUAAGGGCGCGUCGCAUCGACGACGGGGAUAUGCAAGUUGCAUUUGCCCAGUCAAAUCUGGCAGGACGUGCCAAGACUUGGGCACUGGGGCUCAAGCUGCACGACCCAUAUGCGUUUGGGUCGUUGGAAGUCUUCAAGUCGCGGCUCAGACAAACGUUUGAACCGCCUAGAGCUGAGUUCAGAGCUCGAACCGAACUCUUGAAGCUCAAGCAGGGUAAGCGUGAUGUGCACGCUUACGCUCAACAUAUACGACAUCUCACGAGAUGUAUAAGUUCCAACGAGAUGUAUAAGUUCCAAUCCGGUGGAUGA